AUGAAAAAUUAUUAAGAGAAAGAGAAUCUAAAGGCAUGGUAAUUAUGGGUCAUUACUUAGAAUUAUAUAUAAAUAUAAGCAUGUUAUUAAUCUGAAGAUAGAAUAAAUUAUCUUAUAACUCAAAUAGCAGCCCUUAAUAAUUUAAUUAAAUCUAAAGUUGUAAAAUAGAAAAAAAAAGGAUAAGGAUCAAAAACGAAGAAGAAGUUUGCAAAAUCUUGGACUACUAAAAUCUUUCGUAGAAGAUUCAGAAAAGUAAAUAAAAAAAUUGAAUAAGUUGAAACAUAUGAAAAAAUGAUAACAGAAAUGAUACCAUAAAUAAAAAUAUUAAAACUAGUCAAAAUUAAAUUUACAAUUAACCCAAAAUUAUUCUCAAAACUUAAUUAUAGGAUUCCAGUAAAUAAUUUUUAAAAGAGCUAGAAGGAAGAAUAAAAAAAAUAAUAAAAAUUAGACUGA